GGCCUUCUUCGACCGCGGACAGACGUCGGCAAGUGGACCGGUUGGAUGCUAAGCUAAUUCAGUCAAAUUACAAUUAAGUAUUUCCGAUUUUUUUCAUCGCUUCGCUGUUUUCGGACGCAUGCACAAGAUCCAGAAAAUUAAGAACCCCCUUGCUCUUGUAGAAUUGUUCGGCUAACAAUCUAAAUUGACUUUGCUAAAUCGCUUUUUGUGUUGCUAGCUAAAACGGCGGUGGUGGGCGCCAGCCUUGUUUGACAACAGCGCUAUUCGGUCACGUUAGUCGUGUUGUUGUUUGUAGCUGCAGGGUGAGCCAUUCAAUUCACGUUAGCUUUGGGCGGCAAAAAGAAAAUAGCUCAGUGCAAAUAGAGGAAGUUCAGCAUGGCAGAGUUUCUGGAAGAUCCGUCGACUUUAACUAAAGAAAAGCUCAAAACCGAGCUUACGGCGAACAAUGUGCCACUUCCGAGCGGCGAGCACAAGAAAGAAGUGUAUGUUCAGCUGUAUCUGAAGAACUUAACCAUCCUCAACAAUAAGAAAAGUCCUCCUACAGACACUUUCUCCAGCGACGAAGAGUUACCUGCACCCGUGGUCACUAAUAAAAGUCGCUCAGGAAGAAAAGCCACAAAGAAGACUGACAAGCCUCGUACAGAAGAAGUGGAAGUGACAGAACUCACAGACGAAGAUUUAAAACAACAGCUGGCCAAGCACGGGGUGGAAUCCGGACCCAUUGUGGCUUCCACCCGUAAAGUGUAUGAGAAGAAGUUGCAGAAGAUUUUGGACCAGCCGCCACCUGAGCCCGAGGCCACUGCAGAGGUCACAACCCUCCCAAAGGUUGAUAGUAACCAGAAUGGCAACACCAACUCUGACCAGUACAGUGACAAGGAGGACGAGGUGCUUGCUGCCCCUGAGCCAGAACCGGUUCCUGUUGUGGAGAAACCUGUGCGCAGCAGAGGAAAGACCCCCACCACUGUCCGCACCAGCAGCAGACGACAAGCUAAAAUAGUGGAGGAAAUUACAGUUACAGAGGAAACACCGAAGAAAAAGUCUGCAGAGAGUGCGGUUGAAGAUAUUCUUGCAAAUGAAAUAAGUUCACCAACUGGAAUGAGUGCAACCUGCCGGCGUCCGAUUCGUGGUGCAGCAGGCCGGCCUCUGAAGCCCAGUGAGUAUUGGCUGGACGAGUCCCGUGUUCAGACCACAAUCCUCUCCGAGAGCCGUACAGAGUGUCUGAAAGCGGGCAGCUCUUCGGCCGCACCACCUGCUUCACGAGGCUUCCUGUCUACACUCCUCAAGCUCCUCUUGCUCAUUGCCAUCGUCAUUGGUCUCUACUAUGCUUACCAGAAGGUGGAUGCCAGUCACAUUGAGGCCCUCAAAGGUCUUGUGGACAGCGUCCUGGUCCCUCUCCAAGGGGCGAUGGAAAGCACUGCCACUUACCUGGGCAUUGGUGGAGGAGAGGCCCCAGCCGCAGUGGAGCAGCCUGCAGAGUGAAAACCAGCAGCGCCCUCAUGUCCAUUGUUAGCAACAGCGCAUCACAACCCAAACAACAAACUCGGCAUACUUCUUUCUUAAUUUCACCAUCAUGGUUGGACAAAAGACACAGAUUUAAAAACUCUUAUCUCCUCUCCUCAAUUCAGUCUCUCCUCCUGACAAUUGGAGGGAUUCAGCAGUAGCUUCUGGGUGACCCCAUCCGAAGUGACUCAUUUUAUGGCGUUUUUUAACCUGUGAAAUUGUUUGUCUUUGUGAGCAUUAACCGUGUAUGUAGAAAUGUGAGCUGAUUUGGGAAGGCCACUUUAUCCAUGCAUGAUUGUAUUUUUGAAAGUCAUACUGUAGUUUUUCAUACUUGCGUGUUUUUGGAUGGUGAAGUGCCUGGAUAAAUGCAAGCACUUAAGAUGCCCUCCCAUUUCAAGCACAUACUUUGCUUCUACUAACUCCGCCGUAAAUGUUUUUGUGCAAAUUUAACCAUUUGCUCUGUUGGUAGUAACCGAUUUCUAUGGUGCUCAGGUUAAAUCUCUUGAUGUGCUCUGUGCUGGAAGGAGAGGUGGAGCCAGGUCACAUUGCCACAUGAAGAAAGUUAUACAUUCAUUUUCACUCACUGCUUGAAUCAUGGGCUUUUUUUUUAUAAUUUGUAAUCUGGUCACUCUUAUUGUAUUUAAUCACUUUUUCAAAUGAUGAUUUAAGAUAGAUAAUAUACUGUACUUUUAUUGUAUCAAUUUUAAAAGCAGGACUGAGCAAGUUUUUAACAAAAUGCUUUCCAGGUGAUUUGCUGAGGUGAAUUUGACAAUUUCUUAUUCGGAAGCUUCAGUGUCCGAUCACAGAUUUCUUUCAGUUCUGCCAUAGUAACCAUUUGAGUUUACAUGCUUUGGGUUUUUGUGCUUGGUUGUGCUUUUUCAUCAUUAUAUUUGUGUUUUUAUAAUUAUGUUUCUGAUCCUUCGGUCCUCCAUGUCUUAGUGCAGGACUGGCCAAUGCAGUGCACCCACGUAGCCCAUUAAACUGACUGCAUUUGUCCAUAUAUGGCAGAUCUGCCAAGUUAAAUGUUUUUAGUAAACAGAGAAAAUAAUCACUGAAUGUGAAAGGUGGGGGUGGGACUAAUUCAUUUUGAUAUUUUUUGAAAGUAAAUGUAAAGGUUUUUAUAGCACAUCUUAGGAAAACAUGUGAAGGCAAUAUGCAAUACACGCAGAAGCCAGAUUUAACAAAAUUUCACAACAGGCAGCUCUCAGCAAAAUGGACAGACAACAUGGGUUAUGUGGGUAAGGAUUUGUGGUCUGUUUAUUUAUGAUAAUGUAGGCUGUGUAUCAUGAAAUAAACUCAAUUGUCCCCACA